ACUGGCCAUUGCGCAUGACAGUCAGUGCGGCCUUGCAGACACAAGAGCGCUGCCAACAAAGGCCGAGUCGAUGGGUUUACAAAAAGAAUAAUUUGGACUAGUAAAAACCCUUUUGUUGUUGUAAUUAUAAUUUUAUAUAGGUUGUGAAUCUGUGAUUACGGUUAAGAAAAUGUGUGAAUGAUUAUAAAUCGUGACGGCUAGCAAAGGAGUCAGCUGGUCAACAGUGCGAAUAGUGAAUUAAGAAAUGGCGGCCUUGCCAGCAGGUGUUCAGUAUGGGUUAUCAUCGGAAUCUAGUUAUAAAGAAAACAAGGAACUAGUGUUUGUGAAAUUAACGGAUUCAGCGCUGAAAGCUAUUGAAGAUUUUAUUAAAAAUAAUAAGGGCAAAUUGGGUAAACCUACGAUACAGUUCCUACCCGGAAAUGAAGGGAAAAUCUCCAUUCCGGCCUCCAAUGGGAAUGGCCCAUCUGGUGAAACUACAUUUCAUUUUAGCGUUAACAGUAACGCAGAAAUGGAAGGUCCACAGGGUUCGUUCGAAUGCGUCAGGGGUGGGGGCGCGCGGCGGCUGGAGUCGUGCGGGCCGUUGCCGCGCAGGAUGCGAGUGCAAGCUAACGACGACUCAUACGAGGCUACUAAAGACCGCAUGGCGAGAACUGUCGCUGCGGAACAGAGCAAAUGCACCCGCGUCAUAAAACCGAACCAGACGGAUAUUGGACGCCGCGUCAAAGUCCGCUCAGCGCAUCCUGUAUACCCAGGAUCAGUAGCGGCUCAUUUAGCUGAGCGUGCAGAUAGAGCCGAGCGCUUAGAACGUUCAGAGCGGCCCGACAGGCCUGAGCGUAUAGAGAGACCUGAGCGUAUAGAGAGGCCUGAGCGCAUAGACAGGCCCGAACGUAUAGACAGGCCAGAGAGAGUGGAAAGGGUGGAGCGACCUGCUGUGGCGCCCCCGAUGCCUCGCCAGCAACCCACAAUGCCCUCGCUGCCGCAGCAGCAACAUCAGCAACCGCACCCACACCAACACCAACAGCAGCGACCACCCCCCAAUCCGGAUCUCACUAAACGAUCCAUAAAGGAAAGACUUAUACAAUUACUAGCACUGAAACCCUUCAAGAAGCCCGAAUUGUAUGCAAGGCUUAAUAGUGAGGGGAUCAAGGAGAGGGAACGCAGUCUGGUGAACAAAUUUCUGCCUCAGAUAGCCACGCUGAAGGACAAUUGUUAUCAUUUACGUAGACACAUAUGGAAUGACGUCAACGAAGAUUGGCCAUUCUAUUCAGAGGAGGAAAAGCGUACGCUGAAGAGGCGGAAACCUCAAAAUUUAACACCGCCGCUGAGCAGCGACUCGGCGCACUCGCUGUCGCCACGCGCGUCGCCCGGCGGCGGCAAGCGGCCGAGCACGGGCGCCGCCGACGAGUUGCCGGCCAAAAAGCAGCGCAUUUCGCACUACCGCCGCCAGUCGCCGCCCUCCUCGGGCUACGCCACCACCUCGUCGGGCGAGCGGCACGCGUCCGACAACGAGGAUGACAGAACCACGGUGAAAAAGGAUAAUGGCUACACCCUCAACUUUACCACUGUUAAGGAAAUCUGCGCCAGUCCCGUUAAAACGAAUGGCUUUAGAAAUAGUCCCCCUGUAGAGCAAACUAGUAAUAUCACAGUAAAAGACAUCACUAAUACGGAACCCUUAGAAAAUACAGAAUUGCCGUCCGUACCCGACGACAAAUUGACUGAAUCGGCUGACAUUGAAAGGCAAUACCCGCCUAUAACAAGUUCGAGCACGCGGCGCGCGUACAAGGACGAGUUCGCGGCCCUCUACAAGGAGUAUCGAGCACUGUACGAGCGCGUUGCACAGGUGGCCGCGCUGUUCACCCAGCUCGAGCAGCAGCUAGACAGCUUCCCCAGGCACUCGCCUGACCACCAGAGCAUAGAGCUACGUAUCCAAGAAGAGUACCGUCGAGUAAGCAAAGAUACGGAGUAUCAGCUCGAACGGCGGCGCGUAAACUUCCUUCACCGCAAGCUCACGCACAUAAAGCGGAUGGUUGUUCAGUAUGACAAUCUGGUGAGUUUGUCACACGACCAUCUGAAUAAGUCUGUACAAACACAUUUAAAGGAUUAUGGCGAUAUACCACGCAACCUAAAACCGGAACGAGUUCCAACGGCGAGCACGACACAAGCGUACUGACACUCGAGUAAUUCGCCGCCCGCCCGCUGCCUAUAGUCUUUGCACUAACUGCAACAACCAUCCACACUCAACUGGACAUACUACAAUAGAUGUACACCGGAAAUAAUCCGUCGUCCCGAAAUGACCCAUCCGUUUCACAAGUAAUCUCCGCCGCUACGAUACGGUUCGGUUGUAUUCGGAAUGACAAAGAUUACCCGAAGUACAUCGGUUAGGUUUGACUGUACAAAACUCGUGCAAACAAACCGCAUCGAAACGUACGUUGUCUAUUUCCUGUUAGUUUCGUACUGCCUUCUUAUAUGCCUUUCUAUCAAAGAUUUAUAUUUAUCAUAGUGAAUUAUAUGAGGCUGUGUAAACAGUAAUUUCAUUAAAAACUUUUUUGAUGCAGUUUUUUUGCUAUUGAGUAUGUAACAAUGUCUCCCGUAAAGUGACAGACAUAUUCAAAAUGUAAUUGUAGGCCUUGCACUGUUUUGUCUCAAUUGUUCUGUAAAGGCCACAAUGACUUGUAUGUAUCUAUUAUUGUUUAAUUUUACUUCGAAUGUUACAUGUACCAAUUAUAUAUUUGUGUCAUGAAAGGAUGCUUUAAUUCUUAUGAAAACAACAUUUUAUAAAUUAUAUUACUGUUGCAUUAUACAACAGACCAUGGUCUAGAUAGUUGAAUGUUCUAGAUUAUCUGUAUCAUAAUUAAGGGCAAUAAUAAAAAUAUUAAGGUAAGCAACCAUUCGUUAUGGUAAUCUAUAGAGGAGACUUAUGAUCAAUAUAUUGUUUUAAAUGACGAUGAUGAAACUAUCAUGACCAUAAUAUGUAAAUACAGUUGUAAAUACUUUUUGAAUAAAAUAAAAGAAUAAUGCGUGUACUGUAAAUGAGUAUAAAUAUCAAUUACAUUAUUUUUGAAUCGCAAUUCUACAUAUUAAUUCUGAACUCUACACUGAUUCAUCAAAAAUAUUUUAAUUUAUUAAAUGAUUGUUUAACUUACGCGUAAUUAGUUCGAUCGCCACAGUCAGGCUCGAGCUUGUGUCACUACCGCUCGUGAUUAUGGAUCUCGAAUUGUUCCCGAAAGUACUCGAGCUUUCUCGAUCUAAUUACACGUAAGUUAAACCGUUAGUUAUUAUAUUAAAAUAUAAUGUACGCUUACGAAACUUUUAACAAUAAAAUUGUCCAAAAUAAUUAAAGUCUUGGUGUCCACAAAUAAAGACUUCAAAUCAUAAAAAAAAAUAUAAUUACAGUGAACACUCUAUAUAAUCUCUAUAAGCAACAUUCUUUAUAUUUUAUUUAUUCUACUCAGCUUAGUAAAAGAAAUAAGUUAAAAUAUUUUCCGGACGGAAUUUUUAUAUUCCUUUUUUCCCUAUACGCAACUUUUCCCAAUAAGAAUUGUUUUAUUGAAAGUUGCUUAUAUAGAGCCUUCAUUGUAUUAAAAAUUAACUAAACUUUUUAAUUUAUUGAAAAUUCUUGAACAAGUCCUGUAAUAUUAGUACAAUAAAGUGUUAAAUAAAUAAAAAAAAUUAACAGGAUUAAUAGUACAUCAUUUUAUAUGAUUGUUUGCCUUAAUUUUUUUUUGUAAUCGAACCCAAAAAUAGAUGCAUUCUUUCAUGCACACAUUAUAUUAUUGUCAACUUUUUAAGAAAAUAUCAACAUACAGAUAAGAGUAUAUUUUAUAACUUAUGAUUAUUAUUUUGAUAAAUCACAAAAUAUAUACAAAAUAAGAUUAUAUGUAGUAUUUAUAAUUUGGAAGUAGAAGUUGAUUAAGAUUUUAUUUGUGGAUGUUUGAGUUAAUUCUAGAGACUUAUUUCUUUUCGUCGUCUUAAUAAAAAUUUAGUUGAAGUUGCCAGAAUGUCUACAUGAACACCAUAAAAUUCGAUACGAAGUUUCAGAAUCGAAAGAAAUUAAUUAGUCACCAAAAUAUACUUUCAAAGGGGCAUUCUAUAUCUUAGUGCUAAUAUGUCUAGUUUUAGAUACUAAAUUCGAAUUAGAAACAUCGGAGAUACGUUUUAUACUGAACCCCCAGUUAGUUUACACAAAUAAAGUAUACAGCUAGUUAACACGGACAUCCAUGAAUAAAUAGCCUGUUAAUGAACUUGAAAACUAUCUUAUAUAUAAAUUACGACCAAUGUUGCCGCACAGGCGGUCUGCCAAUUUGGCAAAAUAAACAUUGAGGAGGCUGACUGAACAUGGUUGAGGCGAUUCAUUCUCUGUUAUUGUAGUUACUUGGCGUAUUAUUUAACAAAUAAGUUUUAUGCUCUUCCAUUAUUUAUAUUGAUAUUGCCUUGACCAAAAUUAUUGACAAAGUCUCUUAGAGAGAAAAUCUACGCCUAAUCCCGGACAUGAGGGCCCAUACUGAAACAAAUAUUAAUAUUUUUCAUAGUAACUAUGUAGUGUAUAUUAUGUAUAUUACUCGCUUUCCGACCAAUUUGAUUUUUCUGCGUAUAAGUAUACUUAAUAUUUUAUAAUUUUAAAUUAUAAAAAGAAUCUUUAUAUUGUAAACUUAUAUCCGAAUUUACAUGAAAAAAAAAAAAACAAGCCAGGUUAUUGCUAUGUAUUUUUUAAAUAGUCGCAAAAAACAGUUUGUGACAAUUGCAAAUACGGCGUCACUCUAUAGAAUAUAAUGAAAUUUAUCCUCCCUAAAUAUGACUUAAUAGUCCGAUUAAUUUUAUAAUGUAAAUAAUAUGUAUGUAAAUCUGUUUAUAAUUAAAUUAUCAAUAUAUAAUAGUCCAAUAUUAGAUUCAUAUUUGUUCGUCCACAUUUUAUUCCAUUUGAAAGUAUUGCCGUCUGAAGUUAAUGUUAUCCAAAAAAUUGCUUAUACUGAACGCGAAAUUAUUUUUACUAUUUCUCUUUUAACAAGGCCAAACUGUAUAUUAAAGAUAGUCAAAAUAUUAAUCAAAUCAAUUUUGAAUGUCAACAAUUUUUUUGAGCAGCACUAUUUUGGCCUUUGAUGUACAUUUAUAGCGCCCUUAUAUCUAAUGUUUAAUCAGAUAUCGUCCCUUUAGCUUCUAAACAGUCCAUCCAUAUUUUAAAUGUUGGACGUACUUACAUUAUAUUUUGUUUAUCUUGCCGAACUUGCAUGUUUGUAUAUAGUAGCAUCUUAAAAAAAAAGAUUUUAUCAUGUUCUUUGUUAAAUUUUUUAUGGGUAGUGUAAUAUUUUCAAUUUUCUUUUAAAGUUAUUUAAUUAUUUAUUCCGUAUAUUGGCUAUGUCGUGUAAUUGCCGUGAAAAGAUCUUGUAAAUAUCGUAACGGCUUUAACAAGUAACUCAUCAAUGUCACAAAAGAAACUAUAAAGUGAUUGACGGUAAACGUUGUUAGUUUAAGAAUGUACGCGGUAUAACACGAUUGAGCUGAUACGAGAAAAAUGAGCAUAGAGUUUGCGAAAAAAUAAUUUUUAAUAGCCAAAUAAAACGUCUUGAAAGUUAGCAACAACCGGCCAGUGUAAAACAUCCACUAGGAGUAAGAAAUUAUUCUGGUCCUCUUCGGAAAAACCCUCCAGAACACAAUAAAGUUUAGUAAUUUUAGUCUGCAUUAGGGCCAGUUGACGUUCUUAUGAAAUAUUUCGGUUUGAACUGAUUCAAUCGGUCCAAACUAGAAGUUACUCUAAUUCGAAUAAAACUUAGUAGUUCAUACCUUUAUUAUGUCCAGGGAACACUAACACAGUUCCCACCCAGUCCCUGGCCCAAGUGUGUAAAACCGUCUUACAUAAUUUGUCCUAUAAUUAACGUCCAUGUAUUUGAAAAUGGUUUUAGCAUUAAGUAAUUCUGAUUUUUAUCAUGAAUGCCGAAGUCAUUUUGUCCAAUAUUUCCAAUGCAGAAUAUGAUCAAGAUCGUCCUUAAUCACUAUAAAUGUCAUUUUUAAAAUUUUGUUCACCUAAUGUAUAAUAUUACUUUGUUAUUAUUAAAUACGUAUAAUGAAAUGUAUAAUAGUAAUAUGUAAACAUUUUACAUAGGUUUACAAAACCUUGUUGAAUACUGUUAUUUCAGUUAAUUUUUGUCAAUUAAUGUGUCAAAUACCGUUAAUUUUAUUUCUCAUUAGAAAUCGUCAAUUGUUUUAUGUAUAUUAUAUACAAAAAUCGUAGAAACAUUCAUUAAAGAUGUCAAGUUAUUUGGUCAAUUCACAAUUAAGUGUCAUUUUGUUGCUCAUAGAAAGUUUUUGUGGUUUUUUAAUAGCUUUUUACUCAUUAAAAUGCUCAAUACUGUGGUCAUGAUAUUAGAAUUAAAUUUCGCUUUGCAUUAUAAUUUAUUUCUUUAUUUAUUCAUCCAAUAUACAAAAUAUUUACAUUUGGUUUACAACGGGUUGUUGUCAAAAUUAUGUAUACGGUGCAACUGUGAUCAACCGUUGUGAACAUAAUUCUAACACAUGCGUGGUUUGCUAUACAUGUAUUACGGAGUUAGGAAUCACAUUGUUUUGUAUUCGUAUAUAAUUUCUUUUUGACAAAUUGCUUGCCCCUACACGCACACUAUAAAUUUACAAUUAUGAUUAAAAUUUAAACUGAUUUGAUACGAACUCAUAGUUAAUGUUAUUGUUACCAGUAGUUUAAGCACUAUCGAUUGUUUUAAUGUAAUAUUGAGUAACGUUUGCAAGUUACUGAUUAUAUUGUUUGUCAUGGAGAUUUCUUAUGUUAGUUUUGGGGAAGUUGUUAAUAAUUGAAGUGGCAUAUUAUGAAUGAUGCAUUCCAUUCGUCUGAACCGUUGAUUUAGCACUGUUCAUCGUCGCACCCGUUACGUGAGUAGGGUAAAAGUAAAUUAUAUUUUUACAGGCAUUGAAUAUCAAGUAGGGGAAGAUCUAAAAUCUGUUCGGUUUUUUAUAUGAGACAACCAUCUUUAUGCUCAUGUUGUCUCAAGUUUUAUUAGACGGCACAUUGUUUAGACACGUAUUUACAAUUUCCUGACCACUAAAAUAUAUGUAACUAAUAUAUAUUAUUAUAUGAAAUGAUAAGAUAUCCCUAUCUAAUGUAAUUAAUUCAACAUUUAUAUAGUAUAAUAUACUGUCACAAAGGGAGUAAAAUGUUACUCGUUUGUUACCGAAUAAGUUAUUAGGAUGUUUGGACAUAAAUAUUUGUAUUUUGUCAUGUUUAUACAAAGGAAAAAAUAUCUCAAUGAAAUAUCAUAGUCCACUUUGUACAGCAUAGACUAUAUUUAGAAUCUAGUGACGUCAUCUUCUCUUAAAUCCUAGUUAGUGAUAUAAUAGAAGUACUAAUUUCCAAAUAUGUAUCAUUCUUUGCGGCAUGACAAACUGGCCACACUUGUUGUUUUUAUAUGUUAUGUUUGCCAAGUUUUUAAUUAAGUGAAUAUCAGUCAGGUUGUGUUGACCCCGUAUUUUAAUCUAAACAAUGAAUUUGGCCUAUUUUAUUUGAUUUAAAUAUGUAUGUAUGUUAUUCGAGUGGCAUUUUGUCAUGCCCAAACCUAACACGUUAUAUUACUUAAUAUAGCUGAUAUUAUAGCGGCUUAAGGCGGGCGUACAUGAUUUUUACCUUAUUUUAAUUUUUAGAUGUAGAUCUUUGAGUUUGUAUGCUGAUCAAAUGUUAUUGUAAAUUUGCUGUACAGUAAUCGGUGGUCUGCCGCCCCCGCGCGUCUGGGCUCGACAUCGUUCUACCAAGACUGUCGAUUGACCGAACAAUUGAAUAUUAUGUAUUAUGUCAAUGUAAAUAGAGUACGAAUUAGAAAUUUAGACACGUUAAGAGAUAUAAUCGUAGCGUUUAUUUUUAUUUGUUUACUAUUAUGCGAAAAGGGGGGAAAUAAAUUAAAAGGGAUUGUUUUGUGUCGGUGCGAGCCGAUAGCGCGGCGGCGGCUUCUGCGUUUCGACGCGAUGUAACAAUGCUGCGAUAUUCCACGUGCCCCUCGAAAUAUCAGUGCAUUAUAAAUAUGAGUCAAGAUGUAUAGACAAUGCGGUAGUGUUAAUGUGUAUAGAUGCGUUAUAUAAGCUCGAGUCGGGCGGACGAGAGACCGAAACUUACCAGCCGGUUCGAGCGAACGACGACUAGCUAUGAAUCCUGACAUCGGCUCACGUUAAUUAGCUUUUAAAUAUUUCAUCAAAACAUAAAAUAAACAAAAAAAAAUGGAUAUAAAUUUCUCGACCAAGUACUGGUUGUUUUUAAAUUAUUAAAAUGUAAAAAAAAAUUAGAGUAUAAACAAAGUAUAGGUACAAUUUAUGAAUUAUACUUUUCUUUUCGGCGUUUCCUGUGACAGUGGAAGAGACUUAGCCUUUAUGCUCGAGAAGUUCAUAAUUUGAACAAAAGAUAACAUACUAUUUGGUAUGAAUAGCCUUACAGUCAAAUGUUACUUAUUUAUAAUUUCAUUUGCUCAUGUCCUCUUCCAUUGCUUUUUAUUUUUGUUUGUCGACUAUGUGUAUAGUAUGAUUUUGUUAAGGCAGGGUAAUGCAGACAUGAGAAGAGGUACUUUUUUUAAUUUGAAUGAUUUGUUUGAAUGUUUAAAUUGAGUUGAUUUUAUCCAUUCAAUGGAAUUGUAUUGUUAAAAGGGAGCCAGAGUUUGUUGUUUUUUAUUAAGUAAAAAAUUAAUUUCGAUUGUAAAUGAGGCAGCAGAGUAGUUAAUGAUUAACUAUCAAGUUACCACAGAAUCCAUAGUCAGAGGUGAGCUCUCUUUGGCGUUGCCCUUUCAGUGCAAGCUUUGAUAGGUGGCAAACACAAGCCGUCUGCCGUACGUGAAAGUUGUAAGAAUAGUCAGUAUUACAUCAUGCAAUAAAUAUGAGCUAAAGAGAGGUUGUGAAGAGUAUCGUUAUAAAAGGUACCUAUUCAAAUUUGGACAAACAGACUAACUUAAUCAUAAACAAUAGAUAGUGUUGCUGCAAUGUGCAUUUAUGCCAUCUUCAUUUAAAUUUGAAUUAUGGGAUCAGUGCCAAACUUUCACCUUAUGUUUUAGCUCAAAAUUAUGCAAUUGUUAGCAUGCUUGAAGAAUCAGCUAAGUAAUUGUUUAGUUAGUCUGCCAUUUUGUGAAUAUUUGUUUCGAUAGUAAUAUGUAAAUCUUUUAUAAUAUAUUUGUUUACAAUAAAUGACAACAUUAUAAAUAAAUGAAAAUGUAUUUUCCAUUUAAACUGAUGAAAAAAAUAUAAAAAGAAUAAUAUGCAAUGA